CUCACUGAUUCCCCCAUUCACUCAAUCAGAUCCCUCCCUCGUUUCCAGGUAAAUCUUUAUCACUUCCUCGCUAGAUCUCUAAAACCUAUAAUUUUCACUCUCAAUAAACCACUCAAUUAGUACUCGUCUGGUCCAUUAAGGCUAUAGAGUCCCCAUUCCCUAUUAUCAAUUAGCGCUGAAUUUCGCGCUCUUUGAUUGUUUACAGGGAGGACUACUGAAUGUAAAGAUCUGAUCUUGGAUUCUUCUUCUUUUCUUCUUUUAUGAGUUCUACAAUUGAAUUUUAUAACUAGAGGGGCCAAAUGGGUAUCGUCUUCACGCGUUUAUUUUCAUCAUUGUUUGGUAACAAGGAAGCUCGGAUCCUAGUAUUGGGUCUUGACAAUGCCGGAAAAACCACCAUUCUUUAUCGGCUUCAGAUGGGCGAAGUUGUUUCGACUAUCCCAAGUUAGUAAUUUCUGAUUUCGUCUCUGUUCAUUUUUUUAAGUUUUGCUGUCAUAAGUUGCUGGUUGUCUGUUUGGAUCACUUAAGUUUAUUGGAAAUUGGUUUCGGUAUUUGGAAUGUGGAAACUAAAACAGCCGAAAAUGAAUUGUGGUUGUGUCAGUUUUGAUGUAAGGAGAGAUGGGUUUGGGCUAUGGAUUGUUAAUUGAGGGCUUUUUUGUUUGGAGUUAGAAUCACGAAGCAUGUGUGCUGAUUGUGUUAUGUUUGUUGCAGCAAUCGGUUUCAAUGUGGAGACAGUGCAAUAUAACAAUAUAAAGUUUCAAGUUUGGGAUCUAGGUGGCCAGACGAGUAUCAGGCCUUAUUGGAGGUGUUACUUUCCAAAUACUCAAGCCAUCAUAUAUGUUGUCGACUCAAGUGAUACUGAUAGGCUAAUGGUGGCUAAAGAGGAGUUCCAUGCAAUACUGGAGGAAGAUGAGUUAAAAGGAGCUGUUGUUCUCAUUUUUGCCAACAAGCAGGAUCUUCCUGGUGCACUUGAUGAUGCUGCUGUGACAGAGUCCUUGGAAUUGCACAAGAUAAAAAACCGACAGUGGGCUAUCUUUAAAACCUCUGCCAUCAAAGGAGAAGGCUUGUUUGAAGGUUUGGAUUGGUUGAGCAACACGCUGAAAGCAGGAGGUGGCUAAACUCUUGAGAAGAAAAUAACUAAUGCUGCUUGUAAUUUGGUUGAGGCUGAAGUAGAAACAUAUUGGCUUACUUGGUGUGGUUUUACGACGGGGGUUUCCCUCUAAAGAGCUAUCUUCUGAUUUUUGCGCUGUCUGGAUGAAAAAAAAUAGCUGAUAUGAUUGUGAAAUUUUUUGAGCUAAGUACUCGGAACAUAGUCAGAUGUCUAGCUGACCUUGCCUUUAUUAUUUACCCCUACCCUUCUACAUUCAAUCUGUACUGUUCUUGAAUCAUAUACAGUCAUUUAUAGUUUUCCCACUUCCUGCAUUUCACAGUAGAAUUAAACGAUACAUUCAUCCAAUCUUGUAAAAGACCGCAACCCCUUACCCCAGAUAUGAUGUUCAAUGAGUGCGACUGCUCGAGUUGGUCUUGAUUCCGACGUAAUGAGUCAAGUUUGACACGAGUUUGAGUGAUUUUCAUAUGCAAGUUCAUCAGGUUGAGACGAUGUCAUUGUCAAACCAGAAACAAAACGAGAACCGCGAGGACCGAACUUCAGUUAUUGGUUUAAAGUGUAAUGAAGCCAAAAUUGGGUCUGGUAAUACCAAAAUCCCUCUGGCUACUUCAGUCUCAACCGGACAAAUAUUAUUGCAGAUUCAUUCUAUUUUUAAUGGUUCUAAAUGAG